CUCGAGCGACACGCGCAAAUGUGCGCAAUGAGCCACUCAUUACCUUUCUUUCGCUCUGAUCACUAGACCUCGUAGACGAUGGCGGCGACGAACGGUGUCGUCGGCCGCAAGGCGCCUGCCGCGAAACCCAGCAAGAGCGAUAGUGCCAUAUCGCUAGACGAUCUUUUCGAGGACAUUGAGAACGACACCGCUGUCAAAGUCCUUCCCGAGGUAAAAGAGAAGCUGCCCAAGGUCAAGAACCCUGGCGCCUGGGCAACAGAGGUCAACGCAGGUCCGAGACCCAAAGAUACACCAAAAACGGGCAGUGUCAACAAAGUCCCGUCCACAAUCGCCAAAGCCUUCCAGAAUGGCAAACCCAUGGCCGACAAGCCCGAGCUGUUACGAUGCACCCACUGCAAACGACCGGUCGCCAAGCACGUCAUAGUAAAACAUGUAGAAGGCUGCCUAAACAAGAAGCAAGAGAAGCAGCGCAAGAAGAAGGAAGCCAAGGAUGCAAGAGACGCAGCAGCACGAAAAGAAAGAGCGGGCAGCAGCGAUGAGGAAGAGGACGGAUCCAAGAAGACAGCCAGCAAGACAGGCGGCAUGACAGCAAGCAAGAAACGCAAAGCAGCCGACGAAGGCGAAGACGGCGGUCCCAACAAAAAGAAGAAAAAGAAAGACGAGCCCAAAAGCAAAGCUGCUCGACCCAAAGCCCCCGUGGACGUGGAGAAGCAAUGCGGCGUGGAACUCCCACAAGGAGGACAAUGCGCUCGUAGUCUGACAUGCAAAAGCCACAGCAUGGGAGCCAAACGAGCCGUGCCCGGAAGAAGUGCACCAUACGAUAAAUUGCUCAUGGAAUACCAACGCAAGAAUGCAGCAAAACAGCAAAAAGCUCAGUUCGACGCCAACGCACCUAAUCCGGACGACUACGAUUUGCCAACCGGACCCGUCGAUAGCGAAGAAGAGCGCGAAGCCGUCAUGUCGAGUAUUGCGAGGUCUUGGGGAGGACAACCGCUUUAUCAGCCAGUGCCAGUGCCUCUACGGCAGAAAUACGAAUAUAACAGGAUGAAAGGCAUGUUGCCUUCGGCGUUCGCGGGGAAUCGAUCGGGGAUGUUCGGCAGCUCGAAUACAGCCGGAGGCUUCUUCGGUUCAAUACCUCAAGGGCCCGUCGUCGAUGCAGACGGCAUGGUGCACGCGAGGAAAGGGUGUGUGGUGCCUGGUGCAAGGUCCAUGAUCGCGCCUGCGGCGAGUCGGAAGCAGAGUGCUGUGGGCACUGCUUAACAGCCUCGUCGUUUGUGUUCUUUUGAAGUUUGGCGCCUUUUGGAGUUCUUUUGGGGUUUUUGAUUAUGGAUGAUACCCAUGAAUGUGAUUUUGUUUUUGGUUUCCUGGUCAAGCAGAUAUCACGACAGCAAAGCAGGCAAGCGGGAAGUGGAGAAGUCAUGACCAUCACAAUUCGUAUACAUUCGUAGAAAUAAGACAAGAAGCGAAAACAUACGCUCACUGCUACAUGUUCGGAAUUGAACUUCAUUAUUCUCCGCCCGUACUCCCACUUCCAGCACGCACGUGUCACACGUACAGUACGAACCUGAGUACAGCAUCGAAACAAGCAAGAAGGCCCGUCACGAACUUCCUCAAUAACCUGCAUGUGAAACAAAAUCC